AUGUCUGGAUUAAUAAAUAUUUGUGCAUAUGGAAAUGACUCUGAGUCUGAAACCGAUGAAUGUGAAAUCAGUGCCUUUACGGAAUUAAAGAGAUCCAGACUACCAGUACCAGAUCUAACUAAUGUACCAGCUGUUUUAACAGACCAACAUUUUGACGACCCUCAACUUCAUAGGGGUCGAAAAAGGACAUUUCCUCAUGUGAGAGGAAACUGGCCCACCUUUGUAUAUGUAAAAUACCCUGAUGAAGAAUCCUUGUUGUUAUUGGCAAACAAGUUGAAGACUUUGUUAGAUGUUAAAGAUUCUCACAUCUGUGAUGACUUUCAUCUAAGUUUAACAAAAACACUUGUUUUAAGCUACCAUACCAUUACUCCGUUUACUCAGAGCUUAAAAGAAACAUUCAGUGACAUUGAGAGCUUUUAUUUGGGCUUCAAUUCAAUUGAAAUUUAUUGCAACGAAGAGAAAACACGGACAUUUAUUGCCCUUAAAGUUGAUUAUUUUAGCAACAAAAGUUUGUCAGGCAUUGUGAGAAAAAUUGAUGGUGUUUUAGAAGAAUUUAGAUUGGAAAAAUUCUAUGAUGAUCCAUCAUUUCAUAUAAGUCUGUUAUGGAUUAAUGGUGAUGAGAAGGAAAAGCUAGAAGCCAUUAUAGAAAACUCAAAUAACGUUUUCAGCCAAGAAGUUGGAAAGAUAAUUAAGUCUAUUGUUAUAAACAAAGUUAAUUGUAAAAGUGGUAACAAAUACUUUCAGUACCUAUUGCAAUAA